AUGGCGGCCGUCGUCGACAUGCCGCACCGCGAGCGCGGCAAGCAACAGCGAGAUGGCGGCGACUCCUACCGCCCCUCCAGGGCUGCGCGCUCGCCCCCUCCCGCGCCCGCGCCCGUGCCCGUGCGGACGGAGGAGGAGAAGCAGGCGGCGGCAAAGGCCGAGUACGAGAAGCUGCUCAACAUGCGGUCGGGCGGCACGUACAUCCCGCCGGCGAGGCUGAGGGCGCUGCAGGCGCAGAUCACGGACAAGAGCAGCAAGGAGUACCAGCGGAUGGCGUGGGAGGCGCUCAAGAAGAGCAUCAACGGCCUGAUCAACAAGGUCAACACGGCCAACAUCAAGCACAUUGUGCCCGAGCUGUUUGGCGAGAACCUGGUGCGCGGCCGCGGCCUCUUCUGCCGCUCCAUCAUGAAGGCCCAGGCCGCGAGCUUGCCCUUUACGCCCAUCUACGCGGCCAUGGCGGCCAUUGUCAACACCAAGCUGCCGCAGGUCGGCGAGCUGCUGGUCAAGCGCCUCAUCAUGCAGUUCCGCAAGGGCUUCAAGCGCAACGACAAGGCCGUGUGCCUGUCGUCGACCACCUUCCUCGCCCACCUCAUCAACCAGCAGGUCCAGCACGAGAUGCUGGCUGGCCAGAUCCUGCUGCUGCUGCUGCACAAGCCGACGGACGACAGCGUCGAGAUCGCCGUGGGCUUCUGCAAGGAGGUAGGGCAGUACCUGGAGGAGAUGCAGCCUGCCAUUUCCAUGGCCGUGUUCGACCAGUUCCGCAAUAUCCUUCACGAGUCCGACAUCGACAAGCGAACGCAGUACAUGAUUGAGGUGCUCUUCCAGAUCAGGAAGGACAAGUUCAAGGAUCACCCGGCCAUCAAGGAGGAGCUGGAUCUGGUGGAGGAGGAGGAUCAGAUCACGCACAAGGUGGAGCUUGACGGCGAGAUUGACGUGCAGGACGGGCUCAACAUCUUCAAGUAUGACCCGGAGUGGGAGGAGCAUGAGGAGGCCUACAAGAAGCUCAAGGCAGAGAUUCUGGGCGAGGCCAGCGAUGACGAGGAGGGCGACGACGACGAUGAGGAGGAUGAGAGUUCCGAGGACGAAGAAAACGAAGAGGCCAAGGCCAUGGAGAUCAAGGACCAGUCCAACGCCGACUUGGUCAAUCUGCGAAGGACCAUCUAUCUCACCAUCAUGUCGAGUGCCGACCCAGAGGAAGCAGUCCACAAACUGAUGAAGAUCAACCUGCCCGUCGGCCAGGAACCCGAGCUGCCCUCAAUGAUCGUCGAGUGUUGUUCGCAGGAGAAGACGUACACCAAGUUCUUUGGCCUGAUUGGCGAGCGCUUUUCCAAGAUCAACCGCCUGUGGUGCGAUCUCUUCGAACAGGCCUUUGUCAAGUAUUACGAGACGAUCCACCGAUACGAGAACAACAAGCUACGGAACAUUGCCAUGCUGUUCGGCCACAUGUUUGCUUCCGACGCUCUGGGCUGGCACUGCCUCUCCGUCAUUCACCUCAACGAGGAAGAGACCACGUCGAGCAGCCGUAUCUUCAUCAAGAUCCUCUUCCAGCACAUUUCCGAGGAAAUCGGCAUAGCUAAGCUCCGGGCACGCAUGACUGACGAGACGCUCCGGCCCAGCCUCGAAGGCCUCUUCCCCAGGGAAAACCCUCGCAACAUCCGAUUCUCCAUCAACUACUUCACCAGCAUCGGCAUGGGUGUCUUGACCGAGGAGAUGCGAGAGCACCUCAUGAACAUGCCCAAGCCUGCGCUGCCCGCCCCUCCUGCUCAGGACCGCUCGGAUACGGACUCGGCCGUCGGGAUGCCAGCAGAAGCCGAAGCUACUCGUCGCGCUCCUCACGGUCACCGCCACCGCGGACCCGUGGUCGCGCACGAAGCAACUCGUACAGCUCCCACAGCCGAUCCCCCUCUUCGCCCCGACGCAGCAGAGCCGCAGACUCGGCCAGUCCGCCUCCUCGCAGGGGUCGACCGCGUCAAAGCCCAGGCGGUCCCGCAGGUCGGAGGAACAGCUCGUCUGUCAGCAGCGGAGGACCCCGGAAGAAGCUCCGGCGGGACAGUCGAUCGCCAUCCCGCGACUACUCGUCCCGGUCCCCGUCGGGGUCUCGCUCCCCUCCGCCGGCUGCUGCGCGUGGCCGAAGGGGCUCUUAUACGCCGUCACGCAGCCGCAGUCCGCCUCCUCCGCGCAGGGCGAGAGACGGCUCGGCGGGUCGUCCGAGGGCGGCGAGGUCGCCUAGUCCUUUGCCGAUGA